AUGGCGACCGCAUACCAGACAUAUGUUCCUCAGGGACAGGGACAACAGCCUACCCAGACUAUUCAAGUCAAACCUUCAAUUUCAAAAUGGUGGUGGAUCAGCUUCCUAAUAACGUCGCUUAUUACUUUCGCUGUUGGCGGCGGGCUGUUAGGCGUGGGAAUGGCUUCGUACGAUGGGAGCUCUGGGUCGGAGACGACGUAUGGAGACAUGAUAUCUGGCGGUUUCGCGUGUUUAGGGAUAGGAGCGUUCUUCAACAUCUUGUUCUGGAUCUUUUGGGCAAUUUGGUUUAGGCGUCACCGACGCAAUCAUCGCCAACAACAACAGCAUACGAUUGUGUAUCUCGAUGCUGCUGGCCAGCCAUACGCCACUGUUACUACUCCGCAAACAUUCCCACAGUCACCUACAAACUAUCCUCCGACGCAGUAUCCGGCUACGACAAAAUAUCCCGCCGUCAAUUAUCCUCCGGCGAAUGCUGUGUCUCCGCAGGCUGCGACCCCACAGGCUGUCACUCCACAGCCUAUAAGGUAUACAGGGGCAGAGCUUGGUUCAAUUGCGCCGCAGCCCACGGAACUCGCGUUACAAGAGCCACCGCACAUCACAAGCAUCGAGCUGGCGGCUCAACAGCGGGCAGAAAUGGCUGCCAGCCCGGUCCCACUCUAUACUCAACGGUCGAAUGAAAGAACGACGGGGAUGGAGAAACGUAGCGGGUAUGACGCGGCCGAAGAGAUGCGCCGGCCCAGGGAAGAGGGCCAGAAGAAUGUACAAGGCCCCGAGCAUCCAGAUACUCUUUCAAGUAUGCAUCGCCCUGUACCCGUGACCCCAUUACCAGCGUCUCCCGCGAAGAUCGCUGAGAUCGAUACGGCCAUCGCUGCCACCGACGGGCUCGUCUCAGGCAUCGACAGCGUCAUCCAGGCGGAUUUCGACUACAUCUCGGGGUCAUGGGGCAGCGAAGAGAUCCUCGUCCUGGACAAGGCAGCUAUCAGCGAACUGCUGUAUAAAGUGCUCCAGGAUGACCAGACCGCCGGCUUUCGCAGCCGCGACUUCGUCACCCACGAGGGAGACAAUCAGAGGCCGCCUUAUGUACAGGUCGUCUCUAGCGGCGGGACGUUUCGUCCGUAUCGGAUCGCGAAGCGCCAAGAUGGCCGACUCGUCCUCUAUGGACAUGCGGCUCUAUAUCGAGCCAAGCGUGCGUUGGACCGUGCGAAGAACCCGUCCGCCACCCCGUCAGGAGCAGACUUGAUCACCGAGCUCAUUGACAUCGGUCAUGCGGAGGGAGCAUUGCUUGGUCCCAGGGGAUCGGCACUAUGGGGGCACGUCAGGUCGAUCGGCUCGGCGCUGAACCAUGCUGGAGGUAAGAAGCUAAUGCUGCAGGCGCACGAAGCUGUUCGUGACAAACUUGGAGCCAUCCGUGCCCGUGAGUUGGAAGUUGCUUGGGGUGGGGUCGGCGACUGGCUUGGGUAG